UAAAUACCCCCACAAGGCCAAAACCUUUUAUCCCUCUCCCUCUCCACCGAGCCUACAGUACUCUAAAUCUUUCGGGUAUAAAAUCCUUUUCAAGACACUUCAUUUUCCACAACAAGAAGUUAGAACUUCCUUCUUUAUAUUUCUUUGCCUUAUAAAAACUAGAGUCUCUCUAAUGGCUACAUCUUCUCUCGCAAUUUCUCCAAGAAAGCUCCGAUCUGAUCUAUACUCCUAUUCCUACCAAAAUGACUCAAACACCCCACUAGUCAUUUCUGUUCUUGCUUCUCUUAUUGAGAGAACCAUGGCAAGGAAUGAAAGAAUUGUCAAGAACUGUAAAUGGGCUUUAUCUAAGGAUAUCAGAACUCGAGUCUUUGAUUGCCAUGAGACACCGGACUUGACAAUUCAAUCAUAUCUUGAGAGAAUUUUUCGAUACACUCGCGCAGGACCUUCGGUUUAUGUCGUUGCCUAUGUUUACAUUGAUCGGUUUUGCCAGGCUAAUCCAGGGUUUAGAAUCAACUCAAGAAACGUACAUAGGCUUCUUGUUACGACUAUCAUGGUGGCUUCUAAAUACGUUGAAGACAUGAAUUACAGGAAUUCUUAUUUUGCAAGAGUUGGGGGAUUGACAACCAAUGAAUUGAACAACUUGGAGCUUGAAUUCGUUUUCUUGAUGGGUUUCAAAUUGCAUGUGAAUGUUAGUGUUUUUGAGAGUUAUUGCUGUCACUUAGAAAGAGAAGUUGGUAUUGGAGGUGGAUAUCAUAUAGAGAGGACGUUGAGAUGUGCAGAAGAAAUCAAAUCAGGGCAACAAGAAGAGAAAAGAUAUAAUCAGAUUGCUCGAAUCAUGUUGUAGAGUAAUUAUGUUUUUAAAUUUGCCUGGCAUGACGGUACUGGCUGGCGUGUUUCUUGUUUUGUACAGAUAGAUGUGUAAAAUAGAUAAUGAUUUCUUGGGAUCUUGGGCUUCUCUGCUAUAGUAGCAGUAAAAACCAAUACAGGUUACGAGGUGAUGUAUGUACUAGAAUAAUUUGGUUUCUGAAAUGGAAAUUGUAACCAUCCAUUUGCUCAA